AUGCCCUUCCUCCAAUCCCUCACCAGCUUCUUCUCCCAAGCCCCUCAGCCGUCAUCAACAAACAAUUCCCGGCGGUCCGUCAUUGACUCGACGCUCGAUGCUUUCAGCUUGCCCACCCAUCUCAGCACGGGGAGUCCUGUAGGAGGGUAUGCGAAUGGGUAUGGGGAAGGUCCUCAUUUAGAUAGUGCGAGCUCCUCACCUGGGCCGAGCCGAAGGGGGAGUAAUGCGUAUGGAGCUUAUGGGGCCAACGACACUUUCUCCCCUUCCCAAGCCACCGAGCCUACCCCGAUCCUCACCACCUCGCGCCACGCUCAGGAGAAAAAAAAAACCAAGCUAACGUCCGUGCUCCCCUCUCUCUCUCCCAGCAACUCGGCCUCACCAAACUACUACCCCCCCCUCUCCCACACUCUCCACCGUCUCCGGAAAACGCUCGCCCUCUCUUUCCCCGAGCUGCUCGAAACCUUCAACGGCCCCGUCGAGCCCAUGCUCUUGUCGACAUUCGAAUCCGAGCUCGGCUGUCCUUUACCCCGGGCAGUCAGAGACAGCCUGACGAUAAUAGACGGGCAGGACUUUAGCGCUACGAGCCAUGUGUCUGGCAAUGGCGGUCUGUUCUAUGGGCUGCAUUGGUUGCCUUUGGAAGAGGUCAUGCGGGAGUGGGCGUUUUGGAGAGCUGCAGAACACGACCCGAAUGUGAGCGAGAACAAGGCUGUCUUGGCGACGAUGGCGAGUGUCCCGCCUUUAUCGAUCAAGACGCGAUACGCCUGCAAAGGCUGGAUACCCCUCCUCUCCGACCGAGCGGGCAACUAUGUCGGCGUCGACCUCGACCCGGGGACGAAUGGCUCCUGGGGGCAGGUCAUCCUGUUUGGACGAGAUUUCGAUAGAAAGUGUGUAUUGUGGGGAGGCGAUGGGGAAGGAGGGUGGGGAAAGUGGUUGAGCAUCUUCGUAAAGGAGAUUGAGACGGGAGAAGGGUGGGAGGCGGAGCAGGUCAGCUCGUCUGAUGAAGAAGAGGAAGCGGGGUACACUAGCUAUAACGGUGGAGGCAGCUAUGGCGAUGUGGGCAGUGGGCUGAAGCUCGCUGGGGAGUAUCGCGGGUGGAACGUGUUGGAAGCGUGGUGGGAUAAGAGUGUGCGCAAGUGGGAGGCGCUGGGGAUGGGGUUGGAUAUUGAGGCGGUGGAGAGGGGAUUGGCGGAGGCGAGACGGUUGACGGGGUAUGUUGAGAAGGGUAAGGGGAAGAGGAGAGCCGAUGGGCUGAAUGUCAGUACGAGCGCGGCCAACAGCCCUGUUGACGUCACAUCACCCCGACUUGCCGCCCAACCCACUACACCAGUCCCCCGCGAUUCGGACGUUCUCCUCCCAUCUUCCUCACCCGAACAGCAGAUCCCCAAGAUCCGACAUCCAACACCCUCCCCCGUGAGGGUCAUCACACCCCUAACGUCGACCAUCGAGCACCCUCUCAAGGCCGGCGGGUCUGGCUCGGGUUACCUGUCGCCGCCGACCAAUUCUCCGCCGAGGAGUAGACGACGGAACCAGCCUCCUCCUGCGCCUGCUCCUGCCGCGCUUGAUCUUCCCACGAGAGCCGAUAUCCAAGCAAUGUCUGCGAUCGCCCAGGCCGAGACUGCCAGGCUAAGAGGCGGAUGGGUGAUGAACCUCGAUACAUCCGCCGGCAACGCUCAACGCCGUUCCACCCUCAGCAACCUCCCCUUGCCUUACCCCAUCCGCUCUUCCCACUCUUCCCACUCAUCCAGCGGCCGGCCGAGCUUGGAUACUGCCGAGAUGGUGGACAUCGACCUGGAAGGCGGUAAAGCCGAGCGCUUUGGGAGUCCCAAGAUGACGCCGGAAGAAGCUGAGAAACAGGCGGAGGAAGAGAGGUUGGCGCAUGCGGGGUUGGAGCAUAGGCGGAUGUCGCCUGUGGGGUUGCCGGGGGCUGUGAGCAUGUCGAGAGCGACGUCGCCGUUGGCGAAUGAAUUCGGCGGACCCCAACAUAGCGAGCGUACGCCUAAAGCCUCUCCCAGGGCACCCCUCUCGCCGAGUUAUCCUCCUACCCAAAUGCCUUACACGCAAUCACUUUCUCCGCAGCCUGGGUCGGGGUCAAUACCGAAUUCGCCCCUCUCGCCGCUUGUGCCGCUAUCCCCGUCGUUUGAGGGUCAGACACCGACGUCGGCUAUGGGGUCUUCCCUCAUUCGCCCGCCUCCGAUGGCUGCCAACCCUUUGUUGUCCCCGCGGUCAUUCUCCGGUACGUCCUUUGGGACAGAAGAAGAAAAAGACCGGCCUGUCAUCCGCGCUGCCGAGUCUUACUCUCGCGGCCGAGCCACCGGCUAUGGCUCUGGCUCUGGCUCUGGAUCGCUCGCGAGCCCGAAUAAGAGUAUGAACGGCACAUCCUUCGCGCCGGGUGGGAGUAUUAGGAUGGAGAGAAAGAAUAGCGUGAUAUCGACGAAUUCGAAUGAUGAGCUGCUAGAUGGUGGGGGGAGGGAGAGGAGUGUGAGCCCUUCGCCUUAUGCCGGUGGGGGCGGGAAGGCGGUGUUGGAUGUGGGUGUGGUGGAGAGCCCGACGACGGCUACGGCGGGGAUGGGGAAGGGGUUGGAGGAGGAGUUUCAGGAUGUGAAGCUGUAG